GCACCCGGAUGGUCAGGUCACCCCUCCACACAUCUCCAGAGUCCAAGUGCACAGGCUCUCGAUCAACGAACACUGCAAGUGGCGUUCCAGGCUUCCAGCCUCCAGCCAUGGCGAGAUCGUUGGGCCUGGGGUUCGCCUGCUUCGCGCUGGUGAUCGCGGCGGCCAGCGCGACGCAGUUCCGGGUCGGCGGCCAGAAAGGCUGGAGCGUGCCGGACGCCGGCUUCGAGCCCUACAACACCUGGGCGGGGAAGCUCCGCUUCCAGAUCGGCGACCAGCUCCUGUUCGUGUACCCGAAGGAGACGGACUCGGUGCUCCUGGUGGAGCCGGCGGCGUACAACUCGUGCAACACCUCCUCGUACCUCCAGAAGUUCGACGACGGCAACACGGUGGUGAAGCUCGACCGCUCGGGCCCCUUCUUCUUCAUCAGCGGCAACGAGGCCAGCUGCCGGGCCAAUGAGAAGCUCAUCGUCGUCGUCCUCGCCGACCGCACGCCGCCGGGGUCCCGCACCCCGCCAGGGGCUCCGCCCACCAUGUCUCCGCCGUCUCCUUCUCCUAUGCCGAGCCCGUCCUCGCCGCCUCCUGCUGCCGCGCCUGCGCUGAGCCCGUCGUCACCGCCACCCUCAGGCGCUGCUCCUCUGCCGGCUCCCGCCGCCACCCCGACCUCGCCGCCGUCCCCGGCAGCAUCGGCUCCGGCGCCUGGUCCCACGGCCACCCCGGGCUCGCCACCGGCACCCAUGGCCCCGUCGCCGUCCACGACUCCAGGAACUCCAGGAGGCGCGUCGCAGCCACCGUCUGCUUCCGCCAACGCGCCCGGCGCCGGGGGAAACUCGACGCCGCCGCCACCUUCCGCCAGCAACAGGGGCGCCGCAGCUGCUCCGGCGGUCGCGGGCUUCGUCGCCUUCAUCGGCUACGCCAUUCUUGCGGCCUGAGGCUAAGACGAUCUCUGCCACGACACGUUCUUUUGUGCAGUAGUGUAACUUGAGUGAGAUAAUGUGAAGAGGGAUCAUUUGUAUUUGAAUUUGUUCUCAUAUUUGUGGAAUAAUAAAUACACGCGCGAUCGUGUUUGUUUGUAUUC